AACGAGGACACCUGUCGGAGGAGGCCCUCGUCAUCCUGGGAACCCAAGACCACCCAACAUGUGUCGCGGAUGCCACCUUCCACUCUCCAACAAUGGCGGGAUGCCAUACACGAAGACGAAGAGCAGGUCGCUCCGUGGCCUUGGGAAACCCCACGGUAUAUAAGCACCGUACCCCAGGAGCUAGCUAGCAGAACAGCCACGCAAAUAAAGAAAUCCAGCUCCAUUGAAUCCGAGCAUCAUCCUGCGCCAUGGCCAUGGCUCGCCGCUCCUCUCUGGCGCCUCUCUUCCUCCUCCUCCUCUCCGUCCUCGUCUCCGGCGCGGCGGCCGCCCGGACCGUGGCCGACAGCGUGCAGGUCGCGUGCAGCAAGUCGCAGUUCCCCAAGAUCUGCGCCGACGGGCUGACGGCCACGCCGGAGAGCCAGGCGGAUGCCCAGAAGGCGACGCCGCGGCGCCUGGCCGAGCUGUUCGCGGCCUUCGCGGCCGGGAAGGGCGCGGGCAUGGGCGCGUCCCAGGAGGGCAAGGCCAGCACCAAGGACCCCGCCCUGCUCAAGUGCUUCGACGCCUGCGGCGACGACGUCGACGAGGCCAUGGCGCACCUCAACGGCCUCAUCCGCGAGCCCACCGACGGCAAGUUCCUCGAGCUCAAGUCCUGGCUCGCCUCCACGCUCGGCGGCACCUCCACCUGCGAGGACGCCUGCAAGGACGCGCCCAAGAGCGCCGACAAGGACGAGAUCGUCGGCAACAGCCUCGAGUUCGAGAAGCUGCUGCGCGUCACGCUCGACCUCAUCACCGAGGCCUCCGGGUCCAUGUCCGCGGACAUCGCCCUGCCGCCCUCCGACGCCGCGGCCGCGCCGGCGUACGGCGCGGCCGCGCCCUUCGGCGGCGACGCCUCGCCGUCCUCCGGCUCCGACGCCUCGCCCUCGUCCUCGUCGGCAGACGCCCCCGCCUCGUCCUCGUCGGCGGACGCCCCCGCCGCCGCGGCAGAGGGACCUGCCGCCGCGUCCAAGUCGUACGGCGGCGGCGCCAGCGGCCCCGCCGCUGCGGACUCGCCGGCGGCCGCCGCGGAUGCGCCUUCGUCCGGCGAGGCCUCCAGCGCGCCGGCGCCGUCUGGAUCCUCCGCCGCCGAUGCCGAUGCGCCGGCCGGGGACUCUGCCGACGCGCCGGCGCCGGGGUCCGACGAGACCGCUCCCGACGACGACGCCAACGACACCAAGAAAGAGUGAUGAGCGCCACGGCGCGGGGCUUCGCCGCCUGUUCAAAGACGUUCUUUCUUUCCAUGGCAAAAUCUGCCGUCCUUUCCCCCCUCCUAACUACUACUACUACUAUUAAUUAUCCACUAAUAAUAAUGAAGCUUAUGAUUGGGCUGGCUAAGCACAACAUGAGGCCCAUUUAGAUGAAUGUGCCUACAUGGUGAGCCUGUGCUGGAGCAAGACCGAGGCCCGUGGCAGAGUUGACAUGUUUGUUUUAGCUUGUGGUUGUGCAAAGCAGCUUGCAGAUUAUAGAUUUUUUUUAAAAAUUUGGAUUGUAACAAUUUUCGAUUGUAAGAAGUCUCUGUUUGGCA